GUUUGUGACACUCAUUGAGGCUUUUGUUUUGAGUUUUGUUUUUUAAAAGCGUUUUUCAAUCGACAAAAACAACAAACCAUUGAACCAUUGAUUCGUGGUUUGGCUGUCCAUGCGAUCAGCCGUUUGCGUGGUGUCUGUCCCACCACUCGAGGCAUACGUUUGCUGACCACUGAAUCGCCGCAAAAGAUGCCCAUUUGUGAUGAUAAUCGACUCAACGGUAAAAUAGAUUACAAACAGAAAUACAUUCACCUCAAGAGGAAACUCAAGCUAUUGAUAUACGAGAAUGAGUGCUACACCGAAGAGCUUAAGAAAUCUGAGCGACAGCUGCUUCAAGUGAGUCGCGACAAGUCCUACCUCUUGGACCGACUCUUGCAGUACGAGAAGAUCGAGUCGUCGACGUCGGACUCGGAGGACACGCUGUCCAGCGAUUCGGACGCGGAGUCGAGAAAAAUGGACACUAAGAAGAAGAAGAUUGAGAGCAACGCCACGACCAGUGAGUCGCAGACCAACGCAAACACCACUUCCCGUAAGAAGAAGACAAAUACUCAAACGACAAGCACUUCCCGAUCACGAAGCAGUUCCACGGGAAAGCCUUCGAGAUCUCAGUCGACGGCCACACAAGUGAGCGUUUCGUUGCCCUCUUCGGCGCCCAUUACGACCACUCAAUUCAAAGGCGAGACAAUGUCCUCUGCGUUGCCGCCAUCGCUGACCACCACUUGCUCGCAGUCAUCGAAGGCGUCGGUCAGCAGCACCUCAUCGGUCAACAGCACAAUCGAUGGUCACAUGACUUCCGAAGAGUUGGAACGACAUCUGGAGUCGCGGCGACAGCCGUCAGCGCUACUGAUGCCCGAGAAAACUCCGCUAACAGUUCCCGUCGAGCUCUUCAGCAACGAGUCAUCCAAUGGUCUUCCAGACGAUGAUAAUCACCUCAACAUUAAACUCAUGCAGUAAUCGCAUAACAAAACGAUUCAUUUUCAUGUAAUCCAUUGCUUAAGAACUUUAAUCCAUUUAUUGAUCCGUUUAUUACAUAAUUGUGUAAAAUAUAC